GAAAGUUGUACAACACUAGUCUCUUCUCUUCUUUUGAGGAUUAUUUUUUAACUCUAUUUUUUUUCAGGUAUUUUGAAGUCAUUACUGUAUGGUAAUUUAAAAUAAUAAAGUCGUUUAUACAAAAACCGUCUGUAAAAUAUUUGGAGCAUUAUUACCAGUAUAUUAAGAUGAAUUCAGACAUUAAUAUGAGUUUGGAAGACAUAAUUAAAAAGAAACGUGAAAUGAGAUCCAAAAAUUCACAAAACAAAGGCAAAUCAAAUGUCCCGUUGAAAAAAAAAUUGCCUGUUACUGAUGCACGACUCAAGAUUAUUUCAAAAAAACGCAUUCAAAUUACAGAUGCCCGUGAAAAGUUAUCAGAACUUGCAAAACAAAAAGAUGCCCGACUCAAAAUAGAGCAAAUGAGAUUAAAACGCGUGACACACGGGGUGAUCGUGAAACAUGCGUCUACUGCACAUAUACGAGCAGACACAGCGAUAAAAAAGGCAGCACAUAAUGAAAUUAUAAAAACUAUAAAAACUCAAAAAUCAGCAUGUAAGGCGCAAAAAACGCGCGUCGUCUGCGCGUUUGAAAUACGCCAUGUGCUGGGGCCUUACAAGUUAGAAGUUGAAGCUCAAGGAAAACCUCGAAAUAUGAAUUUGCAAACACGCAAUAAAUUUGUGCGGACAAUAUACAAUAAAGAAAGAGUAUUUGUUGAUCCUUCUCGACAAGUUGUAAGCCAGUUUCAUAGUAACACUAGAAAUUUAACCAGACAGUUUAAUUCAAACAGAUUGAUAGGAGGCAAUUUCAAAUAUAAGCAUUCCAAAAAUGCAGAUGGAAUGCCAAGACCGAAACCAAUUGUUCGAACAGUUGAAAAUGAUAUCGAGGCAAUUGAUGAUCCAAUGGAUGAAGUAUAUGAACAACCAAGAACAUUAUUAAAUCGGAAAGCCAGUCUUCAACUGAAAAUAGUCGCUCGUAAUAAUGAUAUGUGGGAUAGCAGGAGCGUUUUAACUCAGAGAACUACCACCGUGGAAAAAGAGAAGAGUCCGCCAAGACCUCCUUCUAUUCUUAAAAAGCGACCAAUGGCAGCUUUGAGAACUGAGAAGCCAACAGAAAAGUCUGAUAAACCUGUAUUAGAGUACAGAAUUAUAGUUAGCAAUUUGCGUAAUACUGUUACUGCUGGUGAUAUUGAGGAACUGUUUGGAGAUGUCGGGGGUAUGGUGGAGUCUCGAUUAGUGAGACCCGGCACUGCAGAAGUUAUUUAUAAAACACAAGAAGAUGCUCAAAGGGCUGUGGAUCUUUAUCACAAUCGACAAUUAGACGGGCAGCCAAUGAACUGCCUGCUUGUUACUCCACGUUCAAAUUCUGCAAUUGGAAGAAGUACCACCAAACCUGCGCUAUAUAGUACGAAUUCAAAUGUGGAACCUGACAUUUCUACAUUUCAUAAAGUACUAUUUAGCAACCUGUGAAAUUACGAAAAUGAAGAUUCUUGAAUGCUUCUAAUUUGAAUAUUGAAUAAGUAAGUAAUAGAGGUCCGAUAUUGCUAAGUUGUCUAUUCAACAGGUAUUAAGUCUAUAGUAUCGCAUAUCAGAGUGCCACAUACCGAUACGUCAAAUCCCGUUGUGUUCUUAUUAUUAGUUUAUCACUGUGUUUUAUUAGUUGUUGUAAGUUAAUUUUAUAAUUGUGAUGCCGCGAUGGAUGCGUUUCUUUACUUGGUAAUAGUAUUAACCGGAUAAAUAAAUAUGUUCUAGUAUCGUUCAUCAUUUGCAUUUCAUAAUUUUCAAACAGUAGACUCGCAAUAUAUAUAUUAUUUCUUGCAUAAAGCAUCCAUUUCUGCCGCCAAGUGCAGUCAAGCCAAGCCAAGCCAACCAUAUCUGUAAUAAAAAAAUUACCUCUCUUUUUUAAAUUAAAUCCCCCAUGACUACCCUUACGAACCAAGCUAUAAGUAAUGUAACUUGAUAAUAUGUAUUUUUUAUUAAUUUGUUAAAAAUGCUGGUACUAAUUUGAUUAUAUUUUCCUACAAGACACUUAGGACAUAGAUAACUAGUAUGCUAUAAUUUUUGCUUGAUAAUUAACAUGAAUAAACAAAUAAUUACUAUAUUUCUGAUUUAUUGUAUCUGAAGGUUUACAAUCGGCACUACUAAUCGGCAAUCGACACUGUAAAUUAUGAGGGCUAGAACAACUCCAUUCACUACCUUCAUUGGACUAUAAAUGUCGUGGCCAGAUUGUAGGAUUGACCAAUUCAUGAUGCGGCCGGCCAUUUCAUAGAUAUUGUUUCAUGAAAUGGAAAAAACAUGUUGACCACCUCAUCAUGUGGCCUGGCCAGAUCAAUGAAUAAUUUGUUUAACGAUAUGGGCAGCUGAUCGUCUGAUAAUUAUGUGGCCAGGCAUUAGUGAUCAUAUUGUAAAAUAAUUACUUUAGUUUCAGUGAGAGGCGCUGAUGGCGAAUGUUUAUGUGAUAGAAUGAUGUAUUUUAUUUUUUAGGUUAUGCAACAAAUUAAAGAAAGUAAUCGUUUUCCGUCGUUCCGUUGCGUUAAGUCUAGUUACAAUUGUAGCAGUGUAGUGUGUAGGAACGGCGACAAAGGCUAUUCUAUAGUUUUAUGGAUGUGUCCCAAGAUUAUGAUGUAAGGAUUUUGAUCUAGCUCCAGAGGAUGAUAAAAAUAUAUUGGAGGAUAUAAAGGUUUUUGAGAUAUGAACUGAACUAAAUUUCCUAUAUGAUUCACUACUGUAGGUCACAUGAUAGGUAAUGCUUCGCGAUUGGCUUAAAUUGCGAGGUUAUUUUUUUCAGACUAAACAAGUUAUUUCAACAAAUGAUUAAAUUUCUUUUUUUGACACCCUAUAUUAAUGAUAUGAUCAUACGUGGAUUGCCAUAUCAUUAAAAAUUGACGCUUAAACGAUAAGAUCAAUUUUAUCCGUUUCAUGGAAUUAUCAUUACAUAUGGCCAUGACAUAUAUACACAAAUAAAAGGAGUACGAAUUACCACUCAAAACUUUAGUUUUGAAUAUUUCUUCAAACAUUUUGAUGAAUGGUAGUUACACCGAUUAAAGCGGGUAAUUUUGUCAAUGCAAUGCAGUUUUGAAUGCACUCGUUUUCAAAGAACAAGUAAUUUUUUUUUUUCAGAUACUGCAUAGGUAAAAUAGAGCAAAACAGGUUAUGCCAUGCACCCCCACCCCCACCCCCCUAAUACGAGCGCUCUAGGCAGUGACCUAGUUUGCUUAUAGGAUAUAAUAAAUCUAUGGUUAUAUAGUAAUUAAUUGCAGUACUUACAUUCGCAUUUAUAGUCGAUAGAAGUUGAAGAAACUUGAGUUAUGACAUAUUCUAAGGUAGUUACUUCUCUCGACUAUAGAUACGUUUGUUAGAGCCGUCAAUGAAUAAAAUAAUGUAGAUUAAAGUUUUGUGCAUAAAGUCUCUUAGCAGUAAAUAACAGCUGGAAUGUGUGAGGUAUUAUUGAAUCAGUCUCUCGGCGCUGUAUUAUCAAUAAAAUUAGUAGCAUAUAAAAAACAUGUAAUUGUAAUUUUCAAACUUUGGGAAUAAAUGAUGU